AUGAGUCAUCAUCAUAAGGCCCAUGACAUAGCAAAAGUUGCAGCGGCUAGAUUGAAUGCAGCUGCAGCUACAAGGAAUUAUAAUGUGACACCCAGAGUAGAUUAUAGAACAGUUGUGAAGGUGGAUGGUCCAUUAGUUAUUUUGGACAAUGUGAAAUUCCCAAGAUAUGCAGAAAUUGUUAAUGUUUGUUUAGGAGAUGGAUCAGUGAGAAAAGGGUAAUNAAGAAAAUUUUGCCAAAUAAUCAUAUCUAUAAAUGUAAAAGCAAUUACUUGAUAGAGAUUUAGAAUUACUUCAAUUAUAAAGAACUAUUAAAAUUCUUAAAGAUUAAAAUGUAAUAACUAAAUUAAUCAUAGAAAAAACUCAUUAAUGAAAAUUCUGUAUUGAAAAAAGAAAACACUCAUAUGAAAACAAAAAUUGAUUCACUUGAAAAAAGGAUUGAAGGAUCUCCAACACAUGCCAGAAUAUCAGAAUAUAUAUCUGCAUUAACUGAGGUUGAUAAAAUUAAAAUAGAGUCACUUUUAAACUGA